GGAGGAGCCGACAGAGGCCGCCACCUGUGUGUUGUUAUACUCGCCAGUCAUCAUGUCGGGGACUAGUUAUGACCGUGCUAUCACAGUUUUCAGCCCUGAUGGUCACUUAUUUCAGGUCGAAUAUGCCCAGGAAGCUGUCAAGAAGGGCUCCACGGCGGUCGGUGUGAAGGGCAAAGAUGUGGUGGUUCUUUGUGUUGAAAAGAAGUCUGUUCCAAAGCUACAAGAGGAACGGACUGUAAGAAAGAUCUGCCUCCUUGAUGACCAUGUACUUAUGGCCUUUGCAGGACUGACUGCUGAUGCACGUAUCCUGGUAAACAGAGCACGUGUGGAAUGCCAGUCUCACAAACUCACAGUGGAGGAUCCUGUCACCUUAGAGUACAUUACUAGAUUUAUUGCCACACUAAAGCAGCGUUACACACAAAGCAAUGGACGUCGGCCAUUUGGUACAUCUUGUCUAAUUGCAGGGUUUGAUAUGGAUGGCUCACCCCACCUGUACCUAACAGAUCCCUCAGGCACUUACACAGAAUGGAUGGCUAAUGCUACUGGCCGAAGUGCUAAAACCGUCCGUGAGUUCUUGGAGAAACACUACUCUGAGGAAGCUGUAUCUACAGAAGAAGGAGCUAUCAAGUUGGUGGUGCGAGCCCUUCUUGAAGUUGUUCAGUCAGGUGCCAAGAAUGUUGAGGUGGCCAUUAUGAAACCUAAUGAACCAAUGAGGAUGCUGGAUAUUGGCAGCCUUGAAAAAAUUGUUACAGAAAUCGAAAAGGAGAAGGAAGAGGAAGCAGAGAAAAAGAAACAGAAGAAGUAAUAGUUAAGCAUUUUUAGUGCUUCAGCAGAAUUAGUUUUAAAGUAUUUUUGUCACAGUUUGCUCUUUGACUUUUUUUUUUAUCAUAUUUCAGUGGAUACCAAAGUGCAUUGUUUUUUCAUUUUCCAGUAAAGGAACAUAAUA